AAAUACAGGACAGUGAUGAACCCUGAGCGUGAAAAGGAGAGUGCAGACGCUUGAGGACGCUGGGAGCAACACUUCAACAGACUUUAAUAGGAAGAAAAUGGCCAACCACAAGGGUCUGAUUGUUGACGUGGAUGGGAGAAGUCAUGAAAACAACUUGGCUCACCGCACCAGGGAGAUUGAUCGGGAGCGCCUGAUCGUCCGCAGAGGUCAACCCUUCUCCAUCACUGUGCAGUGCUCUGACUCUCUGCCCCCCGGACACCACCUGGAGCUGGUCCUGCACCUCGGUAAGAGAGACGAGGUGGUGAUCAAGGUUCAGAGCGAGCAUGGGGCCAGAGACCAGUGGUGGUUUACCCAGCAGGGAGCGCAGGAUGAAAUACUACUGAAUCUGCACAGCCCAGCGGACGCCGUCAUUGGCCACUACCAUCUGGCUGUGUUGGUGAUGUCACCAGAUGGUCGUAUCGUAGAGAGGGCAGACAAACUUAGCUUCCACGUGCUCUUCAACCCGUGGUGCAGAGAUGAUAUGGUUUACCUCCCUGAUGAGAGUAAGCUCCAGGAGUAUGUCAUGAAUGAAGAUGGAGUUAUUUACAUGGGUACCUGGGAUUUCAUCAAAAGUAUUCCCUGGAAUUAUGGACAGUUUGAGGACUAUGUGAUGGACAUCUGUUUUGAAGUCUUGGACAACUCCCCGGCUGCCUUGAAAAACUCAGAGAUGGACAUUAAGAACAGAUCAGACCCCGUCUAUGUCGGCAGGACAAUCACUGCAAUGGUGAACUCCAACGGUGACAGGGGUGUGUUGACCGGUCGCUGGGAGGAGCCGUACACUGAUGGAGUCGCACCGUAUCGAUGGACCGGCAGCGUGCCGAUCCUCCAGCAGUGGAGCAAGGCCGUGAGGCCGGUCAAAUAUGGCCAGUGCUGGGUGUUUGCUGCCGUCGCCUGCACAGUCCUGCGCUGCCUGGGAAUCCCGACACGCCCCAUCACCAACUUCGCUUCAGCCCAUGAUGUCGAUGGAAACCUCUCGAUAGACUUCCUGCUAAACGACAGACUGGAGAGCUUCAACAGCAGACAGAGACAGGACAGUAGCUGGAACUUCCAUUGUUGGGUUGAAUCCUGGAUGAGGAGAGAUGAUCUCCCUGAAGGAAAUGAUGGCUGGCAGGUUUUGGAUCCCACCCCUCAAGAACUGAGUGAUGGUGAGUUUUGCUGUGGUCCGUGUCCAGUGGCGGCCAUCAAGGAGGGAAAUCUGGGAGUAAAAUACGACGCCCCCUUUGUGUUCGCUGAGGUGAACGCUGACAUCAUCUACUGGAUCGUCCAAAGAGACGGCCGACGACGGAAGCUCAGAGAGGACCAUGCUAGUGUGGGGAGGAACAUCAGCACAAAAAGCGUUUACGGCGACCACAGAGAAGAUGUCACGCUGCACUACAAAUAUCCGGAAGGCUCCCAGAAGGAGAGGGAAGUGUACAAGAAGGCGGGACGCCGGGUCACAGAGCCAUCCAACGAGAUCGCAGAACCAGGAAAACUUCAGCUGUCAAUCAAGCACGCACAGCCUUUGUUUGGGACAGACUUUGAUGUGAUUGUUGAGGUGAAGAAUGAAGGAGGCAGAGACGCUCAUGCUCAGCUGACCAUGCUGGCCAUGGCAGUAACUUACAACUCUCUCCACCGGGGGGAGUGCCAGAGACAAACAAUCAGUGUGACCGUGCCCGCUCACAAAGCCCACAAGGAGGUUCUGCGUCUGCACUAUGACGACUAUGUCAGGUGUGUCUCUGAGCAUCAUCUGAUCAGGGUGAAAGCCCUCUUGGACGCUCCAGGGGAGAACGAACCCAUCAUGGCUGUGGCCACCAUCCAACUGAGCAUGCCUGAACUCCUCGUACAGGUGCCUGGGAAGGCUGUUGUAUGGGAACCACUGACAGCCUUCAUCUCCUUCACCAAUCCUCUGCCAGUUCCUCUGAAGGGUGGCGUUUUCACUCUGGAGGGCGCUGGGCUGCUGUCCGCCACUCAGGUCCAUGUUAAUGGUGCUGUAGCUCCAGGUGGGACAGCGUCAGUCGAGCUCUCUUUCUCCCCCAUGCGCACCGGGGUGAGGAAGCUCCUGGUAGACUUUGACUCCGACAGACUGAAGGACGUGAAGGGAGUCGCCACCGUGGUUGUCCGCAAGAAAUACAGACCUGUAAUUACUGGACUUCACUAUUAAAACUCUUUGAGAAGACUAAAAUCGACAAAUCUUAUAUUAUGUGAUAACGUGACAUUUCCUAGAUGUGAGGUGGAGGUGGGUGCAUGAGGUAGCUGCCAAGAUGAUAUCAACCGCUCAGUUUUGUAGCAGUUUAUAAUGCAAUGAAGUUCCACUUUAAUUACACUGUAGCUAUGUCCACAACAAAAAGUCUUAGUUUGGUUACCUUAAAGCCACUGUAUGUCAGAUGUGACCUUGUCUGGCUUUGCAUUAAAACCUGGCAUCUGUUGCUGACAUGGAAAUGCAAAAAAGCACAACAGGUGACGGCCUCUAGGUGGAAAAUAUGUGCAUGCUAUUUGUGUUUCUGUUUUGUCCUCUGUAAUACCUCCAAAUUCAAGAUGCUUCCAUCUGUCUUCAUUCAAAUGACAAAUAACUGCCGUUUUUUAUAACUUGUUUAUUUAAUGAAAGCCACCCAGGCCCUGGCGCAUGAGGCACAGGGUUAAAAACAUUAUACCUUUUACACUGUAUCUGCUGUUGUAUGUUUUGUGACAAUGUGACCUUUUUUGCACUGUUUUGGAUCCCAUUUUACACCAAAUGUGAUUGGAGGAAACUAUUUUUUUCAUUCUGUUUAAUCCUUAUAUUUAUGCAUUGACAUGGUAAUUCUGUGUUUGAGCUGAUACGAAACGUGUACAGUAUGCCUUCAAUAAACAUGUUUUUCACAAGUA